AUGCUACGAUUGCCCAGAACCUCACAACGGCUCAUUUUACGGAGUUCACGCCGUGCUGCUGCACUCCCGGUCAGAAAUUGGACACCUUUGCGAGGUCUUGCAACGCCCUCUGAACCCUAUGACGCUGUUGUGAUUGGCUCGGGACCUGGUGGUUACGUAGCUGCAAUCAAGGCGGCACAACUAGGCCUCAAGACUGCAUGCAUUGAGAAACGAGACACCCUCGGCGGUACUUGUCUAAACGUUGGAUGUAUUCCCUCUAAAGCUAUGCUCAACAACUCGCAUAUGUAUCACCAAACUCAGCAUGAUUUGAAGAGACGUGGCAUUGAUGUUUCCGACGUCGCUCUGAAUCUUCCUCAGAUGCUCAAGGCGAAGGAGGAGGCAGUUUUUGGACUAACGCGUGGUAUUGAGACACUCUUCAAAAUGAACAAGGUCGAUUGGAUCAAGGGCUCUGCAUCUUUUGUUUCUCCGACUCGACUCAGCGUUCAGCUCAAUGACGGCUCGCAGACUGAAAUUGAAGCGAAGAACGUCAUCAUCGCAACAGGGUCAGAGGUGGCUCCCUUCCCUGGCGGCGGUAUCCAAAUCGACGAGGAACAGAUUGUAUCUUCGACUGGGGCACUGGCAUUGCAGAAGGUUCCCGAGAAGAUGGUUAUCAUCGGCGGUGGUAUCAUUGGUCUUGAGAUGGGCAGUGUUUGGAGUCGGCUCGGUGCACAAGUUACCGUAGUCGAGUUCUUGGGAGGCAUUGGGGGCGCAGGUAUUGAUGAAGAGAUCGCAAAACAGUUCCAGCGUAUUCUUACCAAGCAGGGUAUGAAGUUCAUGCUCAACACCAAGGUCCUCAGUGCCGAGAAGAGAGAUGGUAAGGUGCAUGUCAAGACGGAGGCGGCGAAGGGGGGUCAAGAGACUACACUCGAUGCGGAUGUUGUCCUGGUUUCUGUCGGUCGUGUACCGGUUACUCAAGGACUGGGUCUUGAAAACAUUGGAGUUGAGGUCGAUUCCAAAGGCCGCAUUGUUAUUGACGACCAGUUCAACACCUCAGUACAAGGUGUCAAGUGCAUUGGAGACGUCACGUUCGGGCCUAUGCUUGCGCACAAGGCGGAAGAGGAGGGCAUUGCUGCAGUCGAGUACAUCAAGACCGGGCACGGACAUGUCAACUAUCACGCCAUUCCUUCUGUUGUUUACACACAUCCCGAGGUUGCAUGGGUCGGUAAGACAGAGCAAGAACUCAAGAAGGCCGGAAUAGAGUACAAGGUCGGCAAAUUCCCCUUCCAAGCUAACUCGCGUGCAAAGACCAACUUCGACACGGAGGGCCAAGUCAAGUUCAUUGCGGAGAAGGAGACAGACCGCAUUCUGGGUGUUCAUAUCAUUGGUCCCAAUGCUGGCGAGAUGAUUGGUGAGGCGACGCUGGCACUUGAGUAUGGUGCAAGCUCAGAAGACGUGGCAAGGACGACGCAUGCUCACCCUACGCUGAGUGAAGCAUUCAAGGAGGCGGCAAUGGCGGCGUACCAGAAACCAAUCCACUGCUAG